AUACUCCAGCAGUCCUGGUCAAAGUUCACUACACCUUAGGGGCCUUUAGGCUUGUUGCCUGCCAUGGGUGACAACGUGGACCAACAAGGGGCGGCAAGCACAAGUCCCACCGACGGCCAGGCCGACGAAACCAAGGCGGUAUUCGCUCAGAAGAUCGCGGACACGAUCACGUCAGGAUUCGUGACCCUGUCGCUCGCUAUCGGCAGGAGGACGGGCCUGUUCGAUGUACUGGCCAGGCAAGAGGGGCCGAGAAGCUCGCACGACAUAGCUGCCGCCGCGGGCCUAAAGGAAAGGUAUGUCCGGGAGUGGCUGGGAUCCAUGGUCACCUCCCGUAUCAUAGAGGUAGACACGUCAUCGGACAUCCCUCGGUACUUCAUCCCCCCUCACCGGGCGGCCGUUCUGGCGCCCACCGACGGUGCUGAGAUCUUGAGGAUAGCCUUCUCCGAGAGAGUUGUUCACCUCGGGAAAGUCAUGGACGACUUGGUGGAGUGUUUUAAGGAGGAUGGUCCUCCGGGGUUACCAAGCUCUGCUUACCCGGACUUCCAAGGAUGGCUACAGAACGUGAAAGGACCACUGCUAGAUUCUACCUUCAUCGACAAAUUCCUUCCUACCAUUCCUGGGCUAAUCGAGAAGCUAGAGUCAGGUAUCACAGUGUGUGACGUCGGCUGUGCCAGUGGCUACCUUCUCUUCCUCAUGGCCCGACGAUUCCCCAACAGUACGUACUACGGGAUCGACGUCUCUACGGAAGCCGUCAGCAUGGCCAGGAGAGAGGCCGCCACCAAAGGGAUCACCAACGUCAUCUGUGACGUGGUAGACGCCACCAAACUACCCGAGGACUGGUCGGAGAAAUUCGACUACAUCGUCACCCUGUCCACCAUACACGACGUGCCGGCGCCAGAGCGGACUCUGAGGGAGAUCCACCGGGUACUGAAGCCGGGCGGGCAGUACUCCAUGUGGGAACGGGACGCACACACGCAGCCCCGCGACAACAUCGGCGUCCCUAAAGCCAGUAUGAUCUACGUGAUCAGUAUGAUGUCGUGUGUGCCCAUGUCGCUCCAUGAGAACGGCGCGGCCUUGGGCGCGAUGUGGGGGCAGGAAGAGGUCCUACCCAUGCUCAAGGGGGUAGGGUUCUCUGACGUGAAGAAGUUGGGUAUCCCCGGUAACCAGGGUGCAGCUCAUUAUCUUUGUUCUAAGCAAUGAACCCUAUAGCCUCCUUGUUCUAAGUCAGGGCAGUAACGUUAACAUGGAGCAAUAUACCAGAAUGUAUCACUAUGUUUGGUCCGAAGAGGAUUUAUGGAUAUGGCAUGUCGCCGAUUAUUAGGU